AAACGAAAGUGAUCUCAGAUAUCAUUCUGCUCAAGCUGUGUUUGUGUGCAACAAAAUGGCAGAGGCCAUUUUAAAAGACCAAGAUCCGUUCUUUUGUUCAAUAUGCUUGGAUCUACUAAAGGAUCCAGUGACUAUACAUUGUGGACAUAGCUACUGUAUGGGUUGUAUCAACGGCUGCUGGGAUCAGGAUGAUCUGAAAGGAGUCUACAGCUGUCCCCAGUGCAGACAUACCUUCACCCCAAGGCCUGUUCUGAACAGGAGCACUGUCUUGGUUGAAGUGGUGGAGAAACUGAAGAGGACAGGACCUCAAGCGUCAUCUGCUCACUGUUAUGCUGGACCUGAAGAUGUGGAGUGUGAUGUCUGCACUGGGAGAAAACACAAAGCUGUCAAGUACUGUCUGGUGUGUCUUGUCUCAUACUGCGAGACUCAUCUCCAGCCUCAUUAUGACUCGCUUGCCUUUAAGAAGCACAAGCUGGUCGAAGCCUCCACACAACGACAGGAGAAGAUCUGCCCUCAUCAUGACAAACUGCUGGAGGUUUACUGCUGUACUGAUCGGCAGUGUAUCUGUCUGCUGUGUGUGAUGGAUGAACAUAAAGGCCAUGAUACGGUGUCAGUUGCAGCAGAAAGGACUGAGAAACAGAAACAGUUGGGUAAAAUACAGCAGCAGUACCACCAGAGAAUCCAGGAGAUGGAGAAGGAGGUACAGGAGCUUAGGCAGGCUGUGAAAACACUCACGCGCUCUGCACAGGUGACAGUGGAUGCGACUGACAGGAUCUUUAUUGAGCUGAUCCGCUCCAUUGAGCGAAGGCGUUCUGAGGUGAAGGAGCUGAUCAGAGCUCAGGAGAGGAUUGCAGGGAGUCGGGUUCAGGGACUCCUGGACCGACUAGAUCAGGAAGUCACUGAGAUGAAGAGAAGAGAUGCUGAGCUCAGGCAGCUCUCAAACACAGAGGAUCACAUCUAUUUCCUUCAGAGUUUCCAGUCACUCUCUGUCCCUCCUGGUUCUGAGGCCCUACCCAGCCCCACUUUCAAUCCACACAUUUCUUUUGAACGUGUGAAGAAAUUGGUUUCUGGACUGAAAGUGCAACUGGAUGGUAUCUGCAAGGAGGAAAUAGACAAGAUAUCUGAAAAUGUGAUGAAAGUGCAAAUUGUUCGACCUCUGGAGCCCAAGACCAGAGAGGAGUUCUUAGAAUAUUCCUACGAACUCACGGUGGAUCCUAACACAGCAUGUGGAACACUGCAUCUGUCUGAGAAGAACAGCAAGGUGACAUGGAGUGAAGGGGAGACUCAAGCCUAUCCUGAUCAUCCAGACAGAUUUACCCACUAUGACCAAGUGCUGUGUAGAGAGGGUUUAUCUGGAAACUGCUACUGGGAGGCUGAGCUUCGAGGCUGGAUUACUGUGGCAGUCUCAUAUGUGGCUCUUGUGAGGAAAGGAGAGGGUAAUGAGUGUAGGUUUGGAGGUAAUGAUCAGUCUUGGAGUUUGGAAUGCUCUCCCACCAGUUGUUCUUUCCUUCAUGAUAAUGUUAAGACUAAAAUACGAUCCCAUUGCACCUCCAGAGUAGGAGUGUACCUGGACUACAAGGCAGGAACUCUGUCCUUUUACAGCAUUUCUAAAAAAGUGACCCUCCUCCACAGAGUGAAUAACACAUUCACUGAACCCCUCUAUCCUGGGUUUGGGGUUGGUUUGGAAUCAUCUGUGAGGAUAAUGCUUCCCAUGCAGUCAACAUGAUUUUUCUGUGUUUUAUAUAUAUUUCCACACUAUGAGGUUAGAAUAAUACUGUGAAAUUGUGAACUGCAUCUCAGUGCGAGGCGUCACUACAGACCCUGGUUCAUUUCUAGACUGUAUCACAGCCGGCCGUGAUUAGGA